GGCAGGAUAAAAAUGGGGCUGCUUAUGUUCUUGACAACAUGUGCAAUUCUUUUUCGGGCUUGGGUGGUACUGGUACAAGUUGGAUAGAAUUCACGUUUUGGACUCGAAGAACAAGCUAAUCAGUUAUGAAACAACGUAUGUGCUAAUGAAAACAGUUUAACCUCAAAACAACUUUAUGAAAACAGGGAAAUUUCAACAAUAACUGCAAAACAAGCAUAUAUAUGAUUAGGGACAGUCACAAUUAGUAACUGAUUCAGUCCAUUGUUUUGUUUAGUUUAAUGGUUGCUGAUAUUCUUUAAAAAGAUGAGACUAAAAACAGGAAGCCAAAUUUUAUGAAUUAUUGGCGCUUUUUCCCCCCUGUCAACUAAUAAUAAUUGACAGAAGCAAGGUAACCAAGUGGAACUGUUUAUGCACAAGUGGAACAAGUGAACUAGCCUAGCUCAGGGAUGGUUGACAAAAUAGGCUGGUUUGUGCGGUACAGACUGGGGAUUGUAUUGUAGAAAAUUCACGUUUUUGGUUCUAAAAAAAAGCAUAUCCGAUAUGAAGGUAUGAAGGAACAAAGGAAUGAAGGAUUGAAGGAAUGAAAGAGUGAAUGAACUUAUGAGAAACAGCCAAAAUCAGGAAGCAUUUCAAGAAUUUUUAACAAUAUCUGCAGAAAUAAGCGAAGAUAAGAGAAGAGACAAUCGCAUUUAUUAACCGGUUCAGUUCUUCAUUUUUGUUUAGUUAAACGGGUUGUUGACUUUCAAAGGAAAGCAGAAAAACUAGGAACUAGGAAGUCAAAUCAUCGUGUCUAUUUUUGGACAAAUUUGGUGCCUUAUAAAAGCUAGGUGGCGCUAGUGUCUCUGGCUAACAGACAAAGCUGAUAGGAGCAGGGUGAGAAAAUGAAGCUGUCUCUUUUCUUGGCAAUAUUCACAACACUCUUUGCCUUUGCUAAAGCGGUACCAAGAUGGUGUGCCGCUGACAGUGACAAAAUGGCAAAAUGCCUAUUGGUAAAGCAAAUGAUAAGCAACCAAAUGGAGUGCGUUUUAGGAAAUGGUGACGCCGACUGCUACAAAAAAAUUGCUAAUAACGAGGCUGAAUCUGGAGUCUUUAGAGGGCCUGAAAUUUACCAAGCAGGAAAGCUCUACGACUUGCGUGUUUUCAUGUAUGAGCAGCCGAAAACACCGCUUCCGGAAUCUCGAGUUGGUUACUAUGGGAUUGCAAUGGUGAAGAACACAAGCUCUGCACUAAAUAUCAACAAUCUUAAGGGAAAGAGGUCAUGUCAUACAGGAGUGUUGAAGAACGCUGGUUGGGUUAUGCCCGUGGGAACGUUGAUGAGCAAGGGGCUAAUGAAAUGUGUCAACGACAAUCAAUAUGCCUCAGUAGCGGCUUUCUUUAAUGCUAGCUGCGCCCCAGGUGCAAAAGACCCAAAGUACAAUCCAGAAAAGGCUGGAGCUGAUAACCUUUGCUCACUUUGCACUGGUGCUGGCAGUAAUUCAUGUGUAAGAAGUAGUGCAGAGCCCUAUUAUUCUCACGAGGGAGCGUUUAAAUGUCUGAAAGAUGGUGCUGGAGAUGUUGCGUUUUUCAAGGCAACUAUUCUUCAAAAAAGGACUCCAGCAGAACUGAAACAAUUUAAAAUCUUGUGCUUAAAUGGCUCGCAAACUGAUGCGACCAACUUCGCCAAGUGUAAUCUUGCCCGUGCACCGGCCCGUGCUCUGCUCGCUCGCAAUAACGUUAACCUGGCCGAAUACCAAGCUUGGAUGCAAAAUGCAAUACUGGUUGCAGGUGCAAGGUUAUUUGACAAGAAAAUAUUCUCUGACGAUACAAUUCAUCUCAGAGUGGUUGGGCCAGGCUUCCAAAAGUACGAUCAAUACCUUGAUCCGAAUUAUGCCAAAUCUCUUGAGGCUCUUGAUAACUGCAGGAAGGAAGGAAAGAAGUCAGCAAAUGAAGCAAGGGCCCUCGGAUUCAACUGGCUCUUGCUUGCAAUUUUAUGGUGUUUCUGCAGUCUUUGGUGACAGAAAUUCAGGCGCAAGGCAAACAUUGAAUAUUUUAUCACUGACUCUUGGACACCCGAAGCUCCCUUUAGACAUAUUUUGUCAUUUGUUUACGUAUUUUGCCAUUUUGUGUUGCUAUUCUACAUAAGUUUUUUCUGUACUUUAUUCUUCAAUAUUUUUAAUGUAAACCGAAAAUAGUAGAGUAAUGAAGUAAUAAAUGAUUUUUAUUGAACAAGCUCUCUUCAUAAGCAACCUUUGGUCAGGGGUUCAUUAGAGUUUUUCCCCCGAAUUAUAAACUUUUAAGGAAAAAUUUAGUAGAAAGCUAAAACCUAAAUAUUUUAUGUUUAUGUUUUCUCUUUGUAUAUUUCUAUCAAUCUUUUCAUGAGACAACAACCGAGAAACUGUAGUUUGAAAAGGUUAAAUCUAGUCAUCCAAACUGAGCACAAAAGACGAAAGCUUUAAAUCAAAAACUGACUACAAUGCGUCCCGUGCAAGUUACAUUGCGUCACUUAACAACCCGGCUGUAGGCGUUCUAGCGCACAGUCACUCUGCACAUCGUACAGACGAUGGGUGCGCCCCUCAUAGUCGGUGACUAGUUAUUAGCCCCAGUGUUUCCACUGGUACUCAUUUACCCAACUUGGAAAGAACAGCCCUUAAAAUAUAGCGAGGUGAGCCACAACCUAAAAACUGAUGUGGGAUAAAGGAUAUAGUCCACUUAAAAUUUGUUAGUAGUUAGCUUAUGCCAGGAACAAAAUCCUAAUGGAAGCGUUCAUAGGAGUUUUGAAAAAAGAGGAUCGGAACAGUAAAGUAGCUUGAAAGAUCCUUUUCGCGGAUACCAUGCGAGCCAAAAAAUGAAAAGAAUUUUUAGAAAAUAAACAUACUUGCAUACCUGUAGAAAAUAAACAUAAUUUGUUGGCUGAGGUUCAAUUCAUCUAUGCAUUAGAAUAUGAACAGGUUGAAAGCAUCUGGAUUUACUUUACAUGUAAGUAAGUUCUAUAUCAAGUUUACUGAAUUGCAAAAUUAUCAAGAUUUCUUGUCAAUAAAAUUAUCAAGAUUUUUUUGUCAUCUUAUUUACUUACAUUAUUUACU